ACCGGGGUCAGUGUCCGGGCCUGGGCCGGGCAAAGGCGCGGCUGACGUCAGGACGGGGCUGGCGCUGCCCGCGGGCGGAGCGGGGCCGGCGGCGGCCGCGGGGAGAGGCAGAUUAAGCAACAAUGGCAUUUGUGAAGAGCGGAUGGCUGCUCCGGCAAAGUACUAUUUUACGGCGUUGGAAGAAGAACUGGUUUGAUCUGUGGUCUGAUGGCCGCUUAAUAUUCUAUGAUGAUCAAAGUCGCCGUGAUCUAGAGGAUAAAAUCCACAUGCGAAUCCACUGCAUCAACCUCAGAGUGGGGAAUGAAUGUCGAGAUUUCCAGCCUCCAGAGGGGAAGCAGAGAGACUGUUUACUGCAGAUUGUUUGCCGUGAUGGGAAGACAGUCAACCUCUGUGCAGAGAGUGCAGAUGACUGCCUGGCAUGGAAAAUUGCUCUCCAGGAUGCCAGAACAAACACAGGCUACGUGGGAUCUGAUGUGAUGUAUGAUGAGACAGCCAUUUCCUCAGCCCCUCCUCCCUACACAGCUUAUGCCACACCAUCACCUGAGGUUUAUGGCUAUGGCUAUGAUCAGUACAAUGGUGCAUACCCCCCCGUGGGCCCUCAGAUCAUCUAUGCCUCCAAUGGACAAGCUUAUGCUCUGCCCUAUCAGUACCCAUACCAAGGACCUUAUGGGCAGCCCCCUGCAAACCAUGUCAUCAUCCGAGAGCGCUACCGUGACAGCGAUGGAGAUCUUGCACUGGGCAUGCUGGCUGGAGCAGCAACUGGGAUGGCUCUGGGAUCACUCUUUUGGGUCUUCUAGAUUCCCCUUUCCUUAUCUCUGUAGUUCCAAACCCCUUUAUUGUGUGCAAUAAUAUAUUGGCAAUGUUGUUUACUGUUAAACUUUGAAAAAUGCAAUAGUUAUUUUUCAGUAGUGACAUCUUAAUAACUGAUUCUUAACUGUCUUAAUGAGAGUUUAAAGGCACCAUUUAGUUAAGUGGUUGGAAAUGGCAUGUGCUGCUCUUGAAUUCUGGUCUGAUGUUCAGAAUUAUAAGGAUCAAUAUGAGCACCAGUGUCAUGUGGUAGCAGUCACCUGCUUUAUGAACAGACUGCUAUUGUAAACACCAUAGGAAAAAAAGAUUUUUUUGGGGGAGAGGGGUCUAAGAUCUAGCUCAAAUAAGAGAUUGACAGGAGUCCUGCAUUAGUAUACACAUACUACUGGCUUUUAAACAUUCCCUGGAAAAAAAAUAGAGCUCAGCAAAGAUUCUUUGGCAUUAGACAGUCUGCCAUGCCUGAGGGGUUUUUUUUUUGUUUUCAGACUUGCCUGCAGACGGUAGUGUGUUUUCUUAGGUGCAGCCCUGUACCUGCCUCUCACACCAUCUAGGUGAAGUUGUUUCUGAGAAUGUAUGAGCAAACCACUGAGAAGCAGCAGCACUCCUCAAUUCUUUUAUUGUCCCAGAAAUGUGAAUGACCAGUGGCAAGGAGGAGCAGUGUUUGUUGUUCUAGCUCCCUCUUUAUCCUGGAUGACUCUUCUCUGGUCAGAUGGAAGUACUGGAUCUUUAGCUUUGCAGGUGUCUGCAGAACAGCAGCCUCAGACACUGCAGCAGCUGCAGUGUUAGGAGCCAGCCAUUGUCUCUGCUCCUUACUGCCAGGGCUCUGCAGAGGCUGCAGGAGGAGAAGGAACUUGAACAGCCCUUGCUCUGUUGGGCCUGCCAGCCCCUCUGCAGGCAGGAACAGGAGGGGAGAGACAAGCAAAACAAGUAGAGCUUGCACACAGGCACUUUGAUAUCAGCUGCCUUGCCAGGGCUAGGAUAAGAUGCCUGCUUCUUAGCCACCAAGGUUUGCUGAACCAGGUUCUUAAUUUGCAACUAAUUUUGAGCACAGCUGAGCCUGGGUUUGUUGUAUGUACAUUUCCCCCUCACAUUCAGCAGGUCUCCUCUUCCCUCCAUAAACACUCCAAGGAACCUGUCUGGCUUUGCUUGUAUGUGUGGUUUCUCUACACAGCGUGCUGUCCCCUGGAGUGCAGCUGUUUUGUGUGUUACAUGGCCUGUUUUAAUCCAUGCUGAGCUGUGCUUGGCAAGGAAAGAGAGCUCUGAAGAAAUGCAUGGGCUUUCUUGUUCAGGUAAAUGAGGCAGGGUGCCUAAGCUGAGCUCUUAUAGUAAGAGGACUUAUUUUUAUACUUCCACUUUUAGCUUCCUGUAUUCGCAUACUGUUUCAAUGUUAUGUCUUACUUAUGCUUCCAUUUAGGAGAAGGUUAAUUUCCUUAUGGUUCACAGGGUUUCAUGUCAGGAAAAUGAAAAUAGAUGAGAACUUGCACCCAUAUAAAUUUAGCUGAAGUCCCAAUCUUCUCUAUUUCAUCCUAAAAUUCUCUUUGCUCUGUCCUACUUAUUGAAGCAAUAGAGGUCCUGGACAAGAGUUUGGGUAGCAGCCAGGGGAAGCACUAGGCUUUCAUAAGCCUUAGCACUAACUCAACCAAGUGGAAUCUCUGAAAGUAAACAGACAAAUAUCAUUGUGGCUGCUUUAUAGGAGUGGCCUAAUCCAGGAAGGUAAACUGCCUUCAGGAGGCUGGCUCUGAGCUGUACACCAGUGUGCAAGCAUGUCCUUUCACAGGUUAACACAAGCUGCACGUGUUCAGCCAGGCAAAUGUACUGAAAGGACAUUCUGGAAGUGCAAAAAAGGACUGAAGUGAAAGUUUCCUAUUGCUAGUCCAAACCAAAGGAAAUUGCAGUACACUACUGAAGCUCUCUUAGAGACCCCGAGGUCAGAAAGGGAUGGAAUGUAAGUGGACAAACAUGUCUGCCCUUUUAAAAAGCCUUUUAAGAGGUGAGUUUGAUUACAGGUCUGUGCUGCUGUUUGGUUUGUUCUGCACAAUGCCUCCAUCUCCUCCUAAUCCUCUGUGAUUCUUAACUUGUAAGGAGUGGGGGAGAAUAAAACCACUGGGCAUCAUAUGAUUUUCUGAAUUUCCUAAUGACUGGGAAAGGAUAACAAAAAGUGAAUCAGCUGGGUUUUUUGUUUUGGUUUGGGCUUUUUUUCAGAAGAACUGUUAGUCACAGCAGGGGAACAUGUCUUUUGUGUUUUCAGGAGAUAACUCUGUCUAGGUCCCUAGUUUCUUCAAGUGAAGUAUAUAAAAUAAAGAUUGUUGAUUCCAAAACAUUCCUGGGUUGAAAUUAAAAAAAAAGUAUUUUAAAAAGUUCAAAUUGUAAGUAAUUCUCCAUUAAGAAAAUAACCUUACACUUCUCAGUGGAAAAAUACACUGCAAAUAGAAGCCAAAGAUUGUAGUUUCAGCUUGGAAACAGUAGGCUGCUUUUAUACAACAGUCAUGAACUAUUUUCUAUCUCAGAAGCACAGGCAUUUAGAACCCAGAAAGCAAGUGUACAAGCUUGUGCUAGAGCCUGAAAUCAAGAGCACAGUUCUCUCCCUGCAGGUGCUUGUAGCCUUUCUGAUCUCACUGCAGAGACAGAAGUGGCAACAUCCUGGUGCACAAAGCAGCAGCAUGGAUUGCCAUCUGAAGUUCCUGGAUGUUGAAGCUCAGACUUGCUUCCUGAAGACAGGCCCGUGUCUCCUGUUGCUCAGGAACAGAGCAGAGCUUUGGUCAGGUGCACAGGAAUGUCUGGCUGGAUGCACAGUCGUGACUCAGUAGCAAUUUUCUGCACUUCAUGUAUCUGCAGUUGGUGUGGGUGAUGCUGUGGGAUGAAGGAGAUGGGAUCUGGGGCUUGGAGGGACAGCCAUGCUAGGUUCUGCAGACCACUGACACCACAGUCAUGGGAAGAGGCUGCAGGGGUGGCAAGAUAAUUUUCAAAGCAGGUUGAAAUGAUUGUUUCUGAAUGGUGCUAUUCAUUACUCUAAUUCCAUUUAUAUUUGCAUAGUGCACAUUCCUGCUUUGGGCCCAAUACUGAAGCCCCCUAAAGCUAUGGGAGGUUCACAGGUACCACAGUGGCACUGUUUUUGUGCAGUGUACACUGUCAGGCAAGGAUAAAUCUGUUGUACAGCAGUGCCAGCCUGUUCAGAAUUGAGGAGGUCACGAGUCCAGAUGUUCAUCUGGGACUUGUUACUUUUGGGCUUGCAGUUAUGGACAGCUGGACAGAGCCAGGCUUCCUGAGAGUGGGGUGGGAAUGCUCAGCUCUCUAAGUCUGACCACAUUAAAGAGGUCAAUCAGGGUUAUUCUGAGUUACAUGUGAAAACAUAACCGUUGGCUCCUUUUGCAUGAAUUUGAGGGAGAGCCAGUCUCUUCCAGUGAGUGGGUAAAGGCUUAUGGACUAGGGAGGAGGGGGUGGGCAGAGUUUCUGUACAGAACAACUGCACUGACUUCCAGCAAAGAUACACCUCCCCAGUGCUGAAGCACAUUCUGAGCAGUGUCCAGAUGGAGCUAGCCUGCAUGUCAUCCAACCCUGGCUUACUCUGUUCUUCAGUGAAGAUUCAGCAGGUGAUGGAACCAGCUACACAAGUGGACUGGAGGAGAAAAUUCACACCCAUGUUCCUCAGAUGUGUUUGUGCUUCUCCUCCUCAGCAUAAGUCUGUGCAAGUCAUGGACGGUAGCAUGCAACAAGUUUCCCCUCCAGAACCUUUAUGUUCUUGUGCACUCCCUGUCUUUACUGCAGCUUUUACUGUAUGUCCUCAUUCUCAUUGUUAAUUUAUAGCAAAAUAAGCAUAGCAAUAAAAGUCAUAUUUAGUGUAA